AUGCAGUUCUCUGACAUUUCUGGGGCGCUGGGGAGGAGCCUGCACGGCCUGCCCCCGCCUGACGCUGGAGCUGCUGGAUUGGAUUCCUUUGAGGACGGCUGUCCGCAUGCUUUGAGAGCUGACCUUCCCCAGCGGGUCGGGGGGCCUGGCUGUCAGGAACCUGUGCCCCCAUCCUGUCCAGGCGCUGACCUGCCUGGCUCCAGAUGCUACCGGAGGCUUCUCGCCUGCCCCUCUUCUUCUUUGCCAAUAUUACCUGAUGAACCAAGUUCUCCAGCACUAGGACUUACCUCCUUUUGUAAGGUCUGUUGUGCGUGGUUCAGCGUUUGGCUUCACACCAACCUUUCCAUAGGGCACACUCGGCCCCGAGACCCGCCCUCCCCGCGGAGCCUCGGGGACACCGUGGGGCGCUGCUGA